UCAGAGCCCACGAGGCCACGGAGGGAGAGGAGGCCUGAGGCCCAGGGUGGGCACCAGCCGGCCAUGGCCGCAGCUGAGACCGCCUUGCCCUCCAUCAGCACGCUGACCACCCUGGGCCCCUUCCCGGACACACAGGAAGACUUUCUCAAGUGGUGGCGCUCUGAGGAGGUGCAGGACUUGGGUCCGGGUCCCCCUGAUCCCACCGGGCUGCCCCUCCACGUGAGGCCGGAGUCGCAGGACGCGCCCAGGGAGGACGAAGACGACGAGAGGGACUCGGCUACCUCCUGGGAUCUGGAUCUCCUUCUCACCAAUUUCCCGUGCCCGGAGCCGGGCGGCGCGCCCCAAACCUGCGCUUUGGCGCCGGGCGAGUGCUCCGCGGCGCAAUUCCCGCUGCCGCCCCCGCAGCUGCCGCCGCAGCCGCAGCCGCAGCCGCCGCCACCCGAGACUCUUGGCUCGUAUGUGGGCGGCUCGGGGCUGGUGGCUGGGUUCUUGGGUCCCGAGGAACACCCGGGCUGGGCACGCCCGGCCCCCAGAGCCCCGGGCCCCGACGCCUUCGUGGGCUCCUCCCUGGGCCCGGUUCCCGAGCCCAAGGCACUGUCGCUGCAGCCGGUGUACCCGGGGCCAGGCGCGAGCUCCUCCGGCAGCUACUUCUCGAGGACCGGGCUUUCGGUGCCCACGGCGCCAGGCGCCCCCUACGGGCUGCUGUCCGGGUACCCAGCGCUGUACCCGGUCCCGCAGUACCAAGGGCACUUCCAGCUCUUCCGCGGGCUCCCAGCGCCUGCUCCCGGCCCCACCGCACCCCCCUCUUUCCUGAGUUGUCUGGGACCCGGGACGGCGGGUGCGGGACUCCGGGGGACCGCAGGAGACCCAGGGGGGAUCGCGGAGGCCGCGCCAUCCAAACGCAGCCGGCGAUCGUGGGCGCGCAAGAGGCAGGCGGCGCACACAUGCACUCACCCGGGCUGUGGCAAGAGUUACACCAAGAGCUCACACCUGAAGGCUCAUCUGCGCACGCACACAGGAGAGAAGCCCUACGCCUGCACGUGGGACGGCUGUGGCUGGAGGUUCGCGCGCUCAGACGAACUGACCCGCCACUACCGGAAGCACACCGGGCAGCGCCCCUUCCGGUGCCAGCUCUGCCCGCGCGCUUUUUCGCGCUCCGACCACCUGGCCUUGCACAUGAAGCGUCAUCUUUGAGCCCUGCCCCAACACUUGGACCUUCCUGGGGAUUGGGGAUGGAACAAAAGCAGAUCCACGCAGGGUGGUUUUCCCUCGGAUGGACCCUCUCUCGGAUUCGCAGUCCCACAGAUCCACCCAAAGAUCAAGGACUGGCCCAUAGACAGACCUGUGGGAGCCUCCAGCCAAAACUCCCACACGUCCUCAGCCACAGGGAGCCACACAGAGACAUCCAGUGGUCACACAAACACAACGAGACAACCCUCCAAAUAAAUGGACUCUCAGACACUUCGGACAGAGAGACAGACCCUCAGAGAGCUGGACCCUCAGACCAGUUUACAAGACGCCCUGGGCAGUGGGAGUUGGGGGUUGUGGGGUGAGGCUUCCCAGAGACCCUGGGCCUAGCAGGGGACUUCACAUCGCGACUAAUGAAGCUCUGCAUAGUGCCUGGAUCUGCUGUGAAUGGUUAUGGGUCCUGUACCAAUGCCCUUCCCAGAUAAAGGUUCAGCGUUGGCCUGAC